AUGAAGAAAUCUAUUGGGGAGAAAAUUCCCCUUAGUGUAGUUCUUCCAUGUGAAGUGAAUUUUCUAAAAAGAAGGUUUGCUGGUGCCACCAAUUUUGAAUACAGCCCUGAAAGCACAAUUUCACGAUUUCAGAAUAUCUCAAUUGUAGAAAAGAAUUUAACAAAAUGGAAAAAACCACACAACAAUUUCAGGGAACAGCAAAGGUUCCCAAAUAGUAAUGAUGAAUUUUUUGAGUUAAUUAAAAAAAGUUUUAAAAAAAAAAAAAAUGAUCUAUCUUUGUGGAAUACAUAUUGUAGAGAAAUAAUGAUUAGGAUAAAUGAAAAAAAUAUUAGUCCACGAAUUAUUACAAACUUUUUUACUUUCAUUUCCCAAACAGAUUAUAAAAAUGAUCGUCUUAUUAGUGAAGUACUGAAUCGGUGUAUUCUUCGGUUGGAUCAGUUUGACCUUGUGCACAUAUGUGCGUUGAUAAACUCGUUAGACAAGAUGAAUUUCAAGAGUGCUUAUUUUUUGGAUGAAAUACGAAAGAAGUUGAUGAACGAGAGAGAUUCCUAUUUUGAAAAACACUCUCCUCAUUAUAUAUGUUUGUUGAUAAAUAGCUUAGUCAAAUUGUUCAAUGGAAAGGUAGAAGGUGCUAACCGUGCAGAACUGUACAGUGACUCUGAGAUUCAAUUCAUCAUUUGUAUGAUCCAAAAGAUUCAACACAGAAAAGUGUCUGAGUACAGCUUAAUAGGACUUAGUUUACUUCUGUAUAAUAUUUCAAAACUGAAUCUGAAGGAAUACUACUAUUUUUUUUCCCAAUUCGAAAAUCAUAUAGUGAAGGUAAAAAAUGACUUUAACAUAAUCCAGUUGGUUAACAUAUUAAGUGCGUAUAGAAACGUUUCCAUUUUGAAUUUGUCUCUUUUAGAUGAACUUUUACAAUGUUCAAUAAUUCAGGAAAAAGAAAAAAAAAAACAUUUAAAUUGUUUCGUACAUGUAUGGGUGAGACUUGUUAAUAUCUCUCUUUUCACCGUUUUACAUAGGAAAGAAGAAAAAGUUACACAGAGGAGUGGUGAGACUUUACUUCGAAUAAGUAAAACAUGUGUUGACAUGUUUAGAAAAAUAUACAAAAAACUAGAUAAGUGUAAAGGAAAAGAUCUUGUUUUGCUUUGUUUAUGUUUAAAUUCAAACCAGGAUUUGAUAUGGAGAAAAAAAAAAGAUAAAGAUCAUGACAAUUGUUUUUUUUCGAAUUUAUUAUUUUUCCCUUCCAAUGAUAUGUUGUAUUAUAAUUAUUUUGAGAAAAUAACUUGUAAUUUAAAAAAGUUUAUUAAUUCUUAUAACCAUGUUGAGUUAUCAAUCAUUCUUUAUUGUUAUUCUAAGUAUAACAUUCUAGAUAGGAAUCUUUAUAACAUGAUUAAGUUAAGAAGCUUGAGAAUAUAUUCAUCCUUUGGAGAGAAAUCCUUUUCUUAUCUAUUUAAAGGAUUUAAAAAUAUGAACAUAAAAGAUGAUGUCUUUGAAAAUUCGUGCUUAAAUAAAAUUCUACAAAUUGGACAAUUCAAGUCAGCAAUAUAUUUUGGCCUUACCUUGUCAGCUUACUCCUCUGUGCAGGAGCAAAAACAGAGGCACGAAAUUUCUGAUAUCCUUUUUUUAAAUUUUAAGAAAAUUAUGACAAAUUUUUUUGAACCAUUAAGUGCUGUUGGUAGUAGAACCGGCACUCCUAGCAGUAGUUGUAGUGUCGGUAUUAAUAGCAUGUGUGAUGAACACACGAGGGAGAUUGACUUGGAUGGAGAGUCUGGUGGAAAAUCCGGUAGGGGGAAAGACCCUGCACCGAAUGUUCAGAAAGAAAUGAAACAUCUGGAAGAAGAAAUAAAAAAAAAUGAAUUUACAGAAAUACAGGAAGAAGUCACAGGAGUGUACAAAAAGGGAGAUCAGAUCAGCCAGCUGAUGAGCCUCUUUGCUAAGAUAAAAAAUAUGCCGCACUCGAAAAUAACAAAUCUCAUGAUGAGUAAGUAUAAGAGUUAUGAAUAUGCCUUAUCAACUGAAAAUUGCAUAAGUUUGCUAAUUUCCGUGUCAAAGAUUUGUGGAAACCUACAAUUUGAAGAAAGCAAACAAUUUUGGAGAGGGUACUACCAAUUUGUGAAUUCUUUAGCGAGAAAAGUUUUGGAUAGUACCGAUUUGUAUACAAAAAAAAAACUGUUAAUAAAUUUUUUAAAUGGGUGUGGGAGGAUAUUUCCCUCUUUCACUAAAUGUGCAAAAAUAGAUGAGAAGAUAGAUUUUUAUUUUGAACAUAUUUUGAAAAUGUUACUGCCACAUGUGUGUCCAUUUAUUAGCCAAAUGACGAUGGGGCAAAUUGGCGUUCUUGUGGAGAGUUUAAAUAAGGAGAAUUAUUCGAGGGAAGCCAUAUCAUCCAUUCAGGGUAUAGAUGAUUAUGACAUGCUUCUAGACAAGUUGGUUCAUCGGGUUAAGCUUCUGCUGUGUGAUGUAGAAGCGUCCAAUGUGUUGAGUGUAGCGAGUACCCCUCACGUGGUGAACUCUGCGAAGGUUGAGAGGUCAAAUAUGAAUAAGGAAGGCCUUAGGGAAAUCAAGAACUCAAUCAUCUUUAUGAAAAAUUCUAUAAAUCUGGAACUUUAUGACAAGGACUUAUUCAAUCUGAUGAUUAAAAAAUGUAUCCUUCACACUAGUUGCUUAGCAUCAUUCUCGUCCAUGUGUCAAGCUAUACACUACAUAUGCGUGUGCUGCAUGAUCGGUGAGCAUAUACCGAAGGAGCAAGAUAUGUUGUUUCUACAAUUUUUACUUAAGAGAGUGUAUAAACUGCUUAUCAAUGAAGGGGUAGUUAUUUUCCAUUCCAGACAUAAGGACAAUGGUUUUCUUCUAUCCGAAAAUAAUUUAGAGAAACUUUCAAAUGACGCUCUUUUUGGUAAAUCUUUCAGAUGCUUAUACGAAGCUGUUACUAUAAUAUUACUUCAUAUAUGCGACUUGAGUAAUGUGAAAGAUACAAAAUUUGUUCGCUCGAGUAGGACCGUGGAUGAUAAUAGUAUUUCGUUAAUGAUACCUUUUCAUCUAUUGAACAACAUUAAUUUGUUGCACUUUUACCUUAUUAUUUUAAAAAUUGCUGAGCAUGUCAGGCAAAAAAACAAUUUCCGUGGAAUAAUCUGCAAGCACGAAUUAGCUGACGUGGUGGAGCAGGUACAUCACUGUAUUUUGGGAAUGAAAAUACAUAGCCAGUAUGCGGAAGUUUUUCUUUUUAAAAUUCUGUUAUUGGAUAGAGUGGAUAAUUACAGCGCCGUAAACCCCCUAGCCGCAACGCUGAAGUAA